AUGCAAGAAUGGCUAGUCCAAAGGCAGCAGAGGCCGGACAUGCGGUGGCCGAAUGCCAUAGCAACCGACACGAUGAUAAUGUCUCUCUUGGAGGAUUCCAAGUCGUUUUUGACGGUUAAGAAAUCCACGAAUCUGAUCCAGCCCGAAAUCUUGUUUCAAGUUGCAUCCUUUUCACUCGACGCUCGACCUGUUAGUCACCCUGCACAUCUCCGGAUAGAGUUGAUGCCUCUUCAAGAUGCAUUCCGAGUGUUGGAAACCUCAUCCGGCCUUCUUCCUCGCAGCAAAGUCGAGGAGCCAGAAUUCACGGAGCCCGAACGAUGGAGCGGUUUCUGCCUUCUUCUUCUUGCAUAA